GUCGUUCCCAUUGAUUGAUUAGUCUUCUUCUCUCUCUCUCUCUCUCUCUCUCUCUCUUUCUAUUCUCUCUCCUCAGAGGAGAGCCGAUGAUAAACGACGGCGGUUAUCACCGGAACUGAGGGUAAAGUAGUCUUUCACAUGGCGGGUGAAGAUGUUUCGAGAAAUUUCCGAGCUUUGGUGGAAAACGCAGACCGGAAAUUCGCGAGAGUUCGCGAUCUCCCAACGUUUGGAAGAGCACAGAGUCACUACUUCCACAAAGUCUUCAAAGCUUAUAUGAAGCUAUGGAAUUAUCAGCAAUCUCACAGGUCGAAGCUGGUCGAGUCCGGUUUAAACCGAUGGGAAAUCGGCGAGAUCGCGAGCCGGAUUGGUCAGCUUUACUUUAGUCAGUACAUGAGGACUAGUGAAGCUAGGUUCCUUCUUGAGGCUUAUGUCUUCUACGAAGCGAUUCUUAGGAGGAGGUACUUUGAAGGAGAAGCUCACGGGAAAGAUCUUGGUGCUCGUUUCAAGGAGUUACGUUUCUAUGCUAGGUUUUUGCUUGUUUCUUUGAUUGUGGAUCGGAAAGAUAUGGUUUUGCACUUAGCUGAGAAGCUUAAGGUUUUGGUUGAUGACAGCAAAUCUAAUUUCAGGGAGACAAACUUUAAGGAGUGGAGGCUAGUUGUGCAAGAGAUCACUAGGUUUAUAGAAUCUGAUGCAGAAUUAACUUAUGUCAGGCCUCUACGUUACUGUGCAAUGCUUGAUUCUUAUCCAGCUUCUCAAACAUAUCUAGCUCGGUUUCACGCUAAGAAAUUGUUCAAGUUUCGUGAUGCUCUCUUGGCAAGCUAUCACCGUAAUGAGGUGACCAAAGUUGUUUUUAAACUCCAGGUUUUGAGUGGAGCAGAGAGAGGCGAGCCUGUUGCUAUGCUUCUUUCACCUCUGAAGCCAUCAUUCGAGAACCCAUCUACUGAUGAUACGGACACACUCAACGGAAGUCAGUUUACCUUUUUCUUAACAGCUCCUUUACAAGCAUUCAGUCAAAUGCUGGGCCUCUCAAACUCAAACCCCGACCCGGAAGUUUAUGAUGAAGCAGAGAGCAUACUUUCUGCUUCCUUCUCAGAGUGGGAAACGAUUCUGUUGACUUCCAAAGUCUUGAAUCUCGUCUGGGCACAAGUCUUGCCUGAUCCAUUCUUGAGACGGCUGAUUCUAAGAUUCAUAUUCUGCCGGUCUGUUCUCACGUCCUUCAGCCGCACAGAGGAUGAUGACCCGUAUUUACCUCAGUGCCACCCGAACCUCCCAGAGCUGCUCUCACCGGUAUCAAAACCGGUGCAGUCCUCAGUACAACGACUAGCUGAUCACUUGGGUGUAGCCAAAUCUUUCCACUUCAACAAGACGUAAAAUUAGAAAAAAAAAACCCCAUGAGCCUAGGUUGUUUGUUCGUUCUUUUUUUUUAAUAUAUAGAAAAAGUCUGUAUUUUUUUUAGGGUAUAAAGAAAAGAGAAUUGUAAUUUGGGAAGUUUAAUUUCUUUUUAUUUUAUUUUGAUUUGAUGAUUCUUUUUAGUUUUUGGUCCUUUUGUAAAAGAAGAUUAGAGAACAAGGUAAUAAUCAUUAUUAGUCUCUUCUUUAGGAUGGUUUGCUGCUGCUUUGUGUACGAGGAGAGACUUAACAAUAUUUGUGCAUUGCGUAAAAGAAAGUGUGGUGACAUUUGUUCU